AUGGAUUAUGAAACUCUCUUUACGAUUCUUCCCAAAGAUCCAAAAAAAUGGUCUCUGGAGGAUGUAUCAUAAUGGCUCAAUUUUGUUGGUUUAUAAUCAUUGUAAAGCACUUUCAGUAUGUAUUCAUUUUAAAGAGUAGCAAAUAAUUCAAUUGAUGGAUCAUGUUUAGAAUUAAUAGAAGAAAAUGACUUAAUUGAUGAUCUAGGAAUCAGUAGUAAGAUAGUUAGAAAAAAGUUAAUGCAUUGUAAAUAUAAUUUUAAAGAAAGGGUUGAAAAAUGGAUUAAAAGAGUAUGCUUAACAUAUUAAAUCAGUAAUGAUUGAUGAUAAAAGAUGUGAUAAGAUGGAGUAAGAAUACACUUCUCUUGAAAAUACAGAAUAAACAUAACCCUAAUAUGGAUAAAUUAAUGUAUCACAUGACAUGAUGACUAAUUACAUUAAGAAUAAUGAAAUCUAUUCCCAAUAGUUUUAGCAACCAUUAUGUGAAAUGUAAUAAACAAUACAUAAUAAUAUAGUGAAAAUAAGCCUUAAUUUUUAAAGAAAUAAUAAACCGGCAUUUAAUAAGAAUAAGAAGUUGAAAACUUAGUAUCAAAAGUAUAAAAUGAACUCAUCAUUCAACCAACUGAAGGACCUCAGACUAAUUUCUAUAGUAUAAAAGAAUCUGGAGGAAAAAUAGGUAGGCACUCUAGCAAUUAAAUAUUAAUAUUGGAAGAAAGCAUAAGUCGAUUUCAUGCUGAAAUAGUGUUUUAAAAUGAAGAUGUAAUUUAAAUGUUAUAUACUUUAGUUUUUCAUUAAAGACAUUUCAUCAACAACUGGUACUUUUAUCAAAGUCGAAAGCAAAUUAGAGUUAGAAAUUGGAAUGGUUAUAGAAUUAGGUAGUAACUAAUUUGAGAUUUAGUAAUUAAGUAUGAAUAAUCAAAUAGUUGAAGUAAAUCUUUCUUUAUCUAUAUUUAGGUUGUCAUGCUUAUAAUAGAAGGACUUAAUUCUUCUGAAAAACACAUAAUUGCUUUAAACCCCUAAAAAUGUGUUACAACUGUAGGCAGAAAACAAACUGCUGAUCUCACUUUUAGUGAAGAUCAUCAUCUCUCAAAUAUUCAUGCCAAAAUUUGUCUUAUUGAGGGACGUGUAUAUUUGGAAGAUAUGGGAUCAACUAACGGGUAAGUUUAUUAAAUUUAAUUUUAGUUCCUGGUUGAGAUUGUCUAAAGAAGGAUAAUUCUCAUAGUUAUAUCCAUUACAAAAUUAAACUGUUUUUAAAAUUGGAACCACUUCUACAUAUUUAUGUAAAAGAACUACAUAAUUGGUUACCGAUUAGAAUAACGAGAAUAAUUGUAUAAUUUGUAUAGAAAAUGACCGAGAUGCUUUAUACAUGCCCUGCAAACACAACACUGCUUGUCUAAAAUGCAGUAAAAAUUUGAAAGAUUGUCCAAUCUGCAGAACAAAAAUCCAAGAUGUUAUCAGGAUCUACAAAAACUGA